UACAAAGAUCCUGUGGCCAGAAAAGAUAGAGAAAUGCAGAUACCUAUGAGAGUCCUGGAAGUACUUAACUUGGUUGUCGGUUUUCUGUGAGAGGUUGUGUUUUGUUGGUAGUGGUUUGGUUUGGUUUGGUUUGGUUUGGUUUGGUUUGGUUUGGUUUGGAGGCAAGGUUUUAUGAACCCCAGGCUGGCCUCCAUGUUCCUAAGUAACUGAAGGUGACCCUCCUGCGUGUCCUCUGCCCCUCCCACCCCCCAGUGCUAAGAUUACAGACCUGUGCAGACACAUCUGAUUGAUAUGGGGCUGGUGCUAGAACCCAAGAUGUCCUGAGCAUUAGGCAAACCCUCUACCAAGCCUGCUGAUUCCCAGCCCCAGCCUUGAACUUGGGAGAGUAUGCAGACUGGCACAGAUUUUGGGACGCAGCCUCCACAGCCACACCCCCUGUCCAUUUCUUCUCCCAGGAGCAAGUGCAGCUCUACCAAGCCAUGAACUCCACGUUCGAGCUGUGCAAGAUCUGUGCCGAGAGGGACAAGGACGUGAGGAUCGAGCCCUGUGGGCAUCUUCUCUGCAGCUGCUGCCUGGCUGCCUGGCAGCACUCAGACAGCCAGACCUGUCCCUUCUGCCGUUGUGAGAUCAAAGGCCGCCAAGCCGUGAGUAUCUCUCAGGCACAAGAGAAGUCAGCGGAGGUCAGGACUGCUGCAGGUGACUCAGGAGACAGCUGUCACCAAGAGGCUGCCGAGUGGAAACUGGGGCCGGUGACUCCCUCUGCUCCCCCACUGCCCCCUGAAGAUCCAUUCCCUCAGAGACCCCAAGACAAAGGCUGGCUAACACUGGCACCCCUCGCCCUGCCCAGACUCCGACCUCCACUUCCUCUCCCCAAAAUGGCGUCGGUUCUGUGGGAAGUCACCUCCAGGCCCCAGGCCAGGGAGGGGGCCACAGAAAGCUCCUGAGAGGGAAAGCAUCCUCCAGCUGGCCCUGUGGACCUCGGUAGUGCCCAACACCCAGAGGCCAGGGCACCUGGACCGGAGGAAGGGAGCCUUGGGGCUGGAAGUGGGUGACAAAGCUGAAAUAAAUUAAAUCCUGAUCCUUCAA